AUGAUUGACCUGAUCAAUCAUGGCACGAUCAUCUCCAUCCUGUCCAUCUCCUACAUGGGACUGGGCCCCGCGGGCGUGACGCCGCGCGCGCUGCGCGCGCUAUGCUCCGCCCUGGUCCCCUCCCUGCUGGCCAACGUGGCCAUCGUGGGGUACAACCAGCUGACGGACGUGGAAAUCGACGCGGUGAACAAGCCCUGGCUGCCCCUGCCCUCGGGGCAGUGGAGCAUGGCGCAGGCGCGGGGCGUGACCGCAGCCGCGGGCGCGUUGGCGCUGGGCCUGGCCCUGGCCGCGCGCUCGCCGCCGCUGCUGGGCACGGUGGCCGCCAGCCUGGCGCUGGGCUUCGCCUACUCGGCGCCGCUCCCGGGCCUGCGCUGGAAGCGCACGCCCGUGCUGGCCGCCGCCGCCAUCCUGGGCGUGCGCGCAGUGUUGGUCCAGGCCGGCUUCUUCCUGCACAUGCGGGGCGCGGGGGCGGGGGUGGCGCGGCCGGUGCUCACCCGCCCCAUCCUCGCGGCCUCGGCCGUCAUGCUCGGCUUUGCCAUCGUCAUCGCGCUCUUCAAGGACCUCCCGGACAUGCGCGGCGACGCAGCCGCGGGCGUGCGCACCGCGCCGUUGCGCAUCGGCGCAGGGCGCGUGCUAUGGGCCUGCGUGGGCCUGCUCGUGGCCGUGUACGCGGGCGCGGGGGCGAUGGCGCUGGCGGGGCUGGCGGGCCCCGCGCGCGGCCUGCGCCUCGCGGCCGCCGCCAGCCAGGCGGCGGCCGCGGCCUGGCUCGUGCGCCGCGCGCGCCAGGUGGACCUGGCCUCCGUCCCCUCCCUCACUGCCUGCUACAUGGACGUGUGGAAGCUGUUCUACCUCCAGUACCUCAUCAUCCCCUUCCUGUGCUGA